AUGAAAACUGUGACUCAGCUCUCAAAGUGCUAUGAGACUUUAGUAAAGGAGUUUAUUGUAAAUGUGUCUGAGGAAUGUGCUGAUGGAAAGUCUAGGGAAUUCAGAAAAGUUUAUGUGCGAGGCAAAUGUGUGAACUUCUCUCCCUCAAUAAUCAACUUGUAUUUGGAAAGACCUGAUGUAGCUCAACCUGAGCUGGAGGUGACUGAAAACACAAUCUGUCAAGUCAUCACUGCUAAUCAAGUCAGGAAGUGGCCUCUGAAAGGUAAGUUGGUGGCCAGCAAACUCAGUGUCAAGUACGCUAUGCUACACAAAAUUGGAGCUGCCAAAUGGGUGCCCACCAAUCACAAAUCUACUGUGGCUGUGAUGCUUGGAAAGUUCAUAUAUGUUGUUGGAACCAAAUCAAAGUUUGACUAUGGAACCUACAUUUUUAAUCAAACCAUGAAACAUGCUGGAAGCUUCUGUGUGAAGGGGCCUAUAGCCUUUCCGUCCCUCAUAUGUGGCAUUGUGUUGAAUCAAUUUCCAAACAUAUUGAUAGAGAAUGAUUUUGUGAAAAGAAGAGAGAGUCCCUUGGCCUUCAAUUAUAAACUAUUCCUAGGUAAGCAUGUCCCUGACAUUGCCAUGACAACAGGAGAGACAUCAAGUGUUGGCAGUCAACCAGGUAAAGCUGCGGUCAUUGCCAUACUCAGAUAG